UUUACAUCUCUGUUUGGCUGUCAGAGGAAUCAGUCAUGGGACUGAUGCUGCCAAUCCUUCUUGGCUUUCUUGCCGCUCUGAUUGGAGGGCUGUACAUUCUCGGAGUGUUUCGACAGAGGCGACCAGGAGAACCCCCUUUGGAUAAGGGGCUGAUACCAUGGCUGGGUCAUGUCUUAGAGUUUCGCAGGAACACGUUCAAGUUCCUACAGAGGAUGAAGCAAAAGCAUGGUGAUGUGUUUACAGUACAGCUGGGAGGGUUUUAUAUUACGUUUCUGCAGGAUCCUCUAUCAUUUGGGGCACUUGUUAAGGAGAGUCGAGAAAAACUGGACUUUAUCAAGUUUAUUCAGCAUUUGGUGCGCAGAGUGUUUGGUUACUCACCUAUAGAAAAUGAUCACCAGAUUCUCCAGAUGUCCAGCAACAAGCACCUCGAGGGAGAUGGCCUGGAAAUAAUGACACAAGCCAUGAUGAAGAAUUUGCAGAACCUGAUGUUGUACAACAUCGGCUCAGCUGCAGACCAAAGAACCUGGAUGGAGGAUGGACUGUUUAUGUACAGCUACAAUAUUGUUUUUAGGGCUGGCUACCUAUCUCUGUAUGGCAAUGAGCCACAUAAGUCAGAAGGAAAUGAAGACAAAGCCAAACAGAAAGACAGAGCAGAAUCAGACGCCUUAUUUCGCGAGUUUCGUAAAUAUGACCAACUCUUUCCCAACCUGGCUUAUGGGGUCCUGACACCAAGGGAAAGACUGGAAGAAAAGAGACUACUAAGAUAAUUCUGGAACACUCUGUCAGUGCAGAAAGUGAGGACCAAGGAUAACAUCAGUCGCUGGGUUUGGGACAUACAGCAGACCAAACAGGAGUUGGGUAUGACUGAGUCAAUGAUAACCAGGUACAUGUUUGUACUUCUUUGGGCCUCUCAGGGCAACACAGGGCCUUCUGCAUUCUGGCUGCUCCUCUUCCUCAUGAAACACCCAGAAGCCAUGACAGCAGUGAAGGAAGAGGUAGACAACGUUCUGAAGGAAUUUGGUCAACAAGUCAAAUGUGAUGGUCCUUUAAUUAACCUGACACGUGAGAUGCUGAUGAAAACACCCAUCCUGGACAGUGCUGUGGAAGAGACCCUCCGACUCACUGCUGCACCCCUGCUCACCAGAGCAGUGCUUCAGGAUAUGACUGUCAAGAUGGCUGAUGGGCGUGAGUACUUCAUUCGCAAGGGUGACAGAAUGGCAGUCUUUCCUUACAUUGCUCACAUUGACCCAGAGAUCCACCCUGACCCACAUUCAUUCAGAUAUGACCGCUUCCUCAAUCCAGAUGGGAGCAAGAAAACUGAUUUUUACAAAGCAGGGAAAAAGAUGAAGUAUUACAGCAUGCCCUGGGGUGCUGGGGUCUCCAUGUGUCCUGGGCGUUUCUUUGCCACCAAUGAGCUGAAACAGUUUGCUUUCCUCAUGCUGGUUUAUUUUGAGUUUGAGCUGAAGAAUCCUGAUGAGAAGAUACCUGAAAUUGACUACAGGCGAUGGGGCUUUGGAUCGAUGCAACCCAACAGAGACGUCCAGUUUCGAUACAGACUCAUAUAUUAAACCAAUUAUUUUCAUUUUCUUAUAAAAUAUCCUUGAUUUUGAUCACCCCUGUAAGCAUUCAUUUGAAAAUUAUUUUUUAAUCUUGAAAUCAGUGUUUUUUUUAUUUUCAUAUGAUGUGAUAAGCACAUUUUGGAUGUGGCUUCAAAACUUAGGGCCCUGUUCAGGUUAUUCUGAUGCAUUGUACAUACAUUUACCCAUUUGAUUUAUGUUUAUGUUUUAUGUUUAUUUCAUUUAGACAAGGAUAGUGCACAUU